CACAUUCUGUCCCAUAGUGAGCUUCACAUGUUUCUUUUUCUCCUCCUCCUCUCUGCUUCCCGCUCCGGCGAAGAGUCGCCGUCCGGAGACGCCGUCCCAUUGGCCACCGGCGGUCUUAACAGAAAGAGUUUUCCGGAAGGAUUCUUGUUCGGAACCGCCACGUCAGCUUACCAGGUCGAAGGCGAGACCCACCAAGAUGGUCGUGGUCCAAGCAUUUGGGAUGCAUUCGUCAAGAUUCCUGGUAAGAUUGCCAACAAUGCCACUGCUGAGAUAACAGUGGACCAAUAUCAUCGUUACAAGGAAGAUGUAGAUUUGAUGCAGAACCUGAACAUUGAUGCCUACAGAUUUUCCAUUUCAUGGUCUAGAAUAUUCCCUGAGGGAUCCGGUAAAAUCAACUCGAAUGGAGUUGCUUAUUACAAUAGAUUGAUCGAUUACUUGAUCGAAAAAGGGAUUACACCGUAUGCUAAUCUGUACCACUAUGACCUUCCUUUAGCCUUGGAACAAAAGUAUCAAGGCCUGCUUAGUAAACAAGUAGUAGUUUUGUUUCAAACAUUUGGAGAUAGAGUGAAGAACUGGAUGACGUUUAACGAGCCUCGUGUAGUAGCUGCUCUAGGUUAUGAUAACGGCAUUUUUGCGCCGGGUAGAUGCUCUGAAGCAUUUGGAAACUGCACUGAUGGAAACUCUGCAACUGAACCAUACAUUGUUGCACAUCACCUUAUCUUGGCACAUGCAGCAGCCGUCCAGAGAUACCGCCAAAAUUAUCAGGAGAAACAAAAGGGAAGGGUUGGGAUUCUACUGGAUUUUGUUUGGUUUGAGCCACUUACGAGUAGUCAAGCAGACAAUGACGCUGCUCAAAGAGCAAGAGACUUCCAUGUUGGAUGGUUUAUUCACCCAAUAGUGUAUGGAGAGUACCCAAAUACGUUGCAAAACAUCGUGAAGGAGAGACUUCCGAAGUUCACCGAGGAAGAAGUGAAAAUGGUGAAAGGUUCCAUAGACUUCGUGGGGAUAAACCAAUACACAACUUAUUUCAUGUCUGAUCCUAAAAUAUCUACCACACCUAAAGAUUUGGGUUAUCAACAAGAUUGGAACGUCACUUUUAACUUUGCAAAGAAUGGGACACCAAUUGGUCCAAGGGCACAUUCAGAAUGGUUAUACAAUGUCCCAUGGGGAAUGUACAAAGCUUUAAUGUACAUUGAGGAACGUUAUGGCAACCCAACUAUGAUUCUCUCCGAAAACGGUAUGGAUGAUCCGGGCAACAUAACUCUAACUCAAGGACUAAAUGAUACAACAAGAGUCAAGUAUUAUAGAGACUAUUUAGUGCAGCUUAAAAAAGCAGUAGACGAUGGAGCCAAUCUAACUGGAUAUUUUGCGUGGUCGUUGCUAGAUAAUUUCGAAUGGUUAUCAGGAUAUACUUCAAGGUUUGGAAUAGUGUACGUUGAUUACAAGGACUUGAAGAGAUACCCCAAGAUGUCUGCUUUAUGGUUUAAACAACUUUUGAAACGGGACCAGAAAUGAUGUGGUCAAUGUGUCUAUGAUUUGGGUUGUUAACGAGAGGUGAAUGAAUAUGUCAUAUGUGUAUAACUUAAGAACUUGUCUUCCUUUGACAUUUCAACGCUUACAUAAAACAGCAGCAAGAAAUUUGGUUCUUCUAUCAUAGAACUUCUACAUUCAACAAUGUAUGCUAUCAUCCUCAUCCUCAUUUUUUUUUAAUUUCUAUUCACUUUACCGUGGCUCAGUUUCUAUUUAUC